GACUCAAUAAAAUAUCUUUUGUCUGUAUCAGUCUCGGUUCAAAAAUCUUGCUAUGCUCUGUGAACAUUGAAUGCUUGUGUAAUGUGUGUUGCAUGCAGCUAAGGUGGGGUGUGUCUGUAUUCGAUAUUUAUUUCAUUCCAUUCUGAUGGGCGAAACAAUGAAUCAUCAUCAAUCAAGCACAGGCGCCGUGUUAAAAUUUUCGUUUUCGAUUAAUUUAUUACUGUACACGAUGGUAGUUUUGCUGACAAUAGUUUCAACUGGCACCCCGCCAGAGCAAGUCGUCCAUGUUAUUUUAAAGCUCGAUGAAGAAAACAUACCAUUUCGCAAGACAAAUAAUAUGUUCUUGAGUACCGCUUUGGAUUCAGUACUAAUAGCCCAUGGAUUCCAAAAUUUCAAUAUGAGCGAUCCUAAACUGGUGAAGCUAAUGAAACCUUUAGCGCCAGGUUAUCUCAGAAUUGGUGGCAACAUGGCCGAUCGAUUGUGGUUCGAUCCCAGUGGUAAAUUUGUUUCCAAAACUCAACAAGUGAUUGAAAGCGAUGGAGGCGCUUGUGCAAAUGAAGAAAUCGACUGCGAUGUGUACGAUAGACCAAACUUCACAAUGACAGCAAAAGAAUGGACACAGCUAAACAGUUUAGCCAAAAAAGCAGGACUAACGAUCCUUUUCGACAUUAAUUGCUUAAUUCGUUUCCCGAACGGAUCGUGGAAUUCCAAAAAUGCGGAGGAAUUAAUCAAAUUCUCGGCCGAUCGCAAUUUUAGUAUAAUUUGGCAGUUGGGCAACGAACCGAACGCGUUUCGCCAUGUCUUCGACUAUGAGGUGAACGCCACGCAGUUGGCUAAAGAUUUCGCGAAGUUGCGAAGUAUCUUGAAUCGUUACCCGAUUUAUCGAAAAUCUGAGUUGGUGGGACCGGACACUACGAGACCGAUUAUUAAGCGCAACGCAAGCAUGGCGUAUUUGCAUGAAUUUUUGUUACAUGGCAAGAAUGUUAUCAAUGCGGUGACGUGGCACCAAUAUUAUUUUAAUGGACGAAACGCGAGCAUAUCGCAGUUUUUAGAUCCGGAGGUAUUUAAUUUAUUGCAAACCCAAAUUGGGUACAUCAAAGACAUUGUCAAAAGCGCUGGUGCUACAAGCAAACCGAUCUGGUUGGGGGAAACGUCGUCGGCUUACGGCGGGGGUGCCCCCGGUUUAUCAAAUUCUUUCGUCGCGACGUUCAUGUGGCUGGACAAGCUGGGAAUUGCUGCACGAAAUGGACUCGAUGUAGUUGUACGACAGACCUUGUUUGGGAGUAAUUACUCCUUGCUGGACGAAAAUCUUCAACCAUUACCCGACUGGUGGGUGAGCGUCAUCUAUAAAAGAAUUGUAGACUCGCGAGUCAUCCCUUGUUACCCUACCAGCUCCACUACAGUCAGGAUUUACUGUCACUGCACUAAGAAGCGCAUUUUCAGUUUUUAUUCACCAUUCGUUGUUGUGUUUGGGUUAAAUGUAAAAAAGUCGCCAAUGCAGAUAAAAAUACAAGGCUACCAAGGGUACGUCUGGGAGUACAGUUUAACUAGUAAAGGAUCUCUUGUAUCAAAAGACAUAUUGCUAAAUGGAGAAAAGUUGUCACUUGCAAAUGAUGGAACUUUGCCGGAUUUAGAUCCAGUACUUGUUAACGCUCAUCCCUAUCUCCAAAUGCGGCCAUAUUCUCUUACAUUUUGGAUUAUACCCCUGCACACUUCCAGUUGUCCAAUUUAGCGUUAUAAUAAAUCACUUAUCCCAAUGUGAUUGUAUAAUAAUCAAUAAAUAAUCUCGUUUUACUCGUUCA